AUGCUUGGAGGUAGACCAUAUGAUACACUUCUAGAACCGGGCCAGAAAUUGAGUGAGGAUCAAGAGGGAGAUCCAGUGGACAGAGGGAGAUUCCAGAGACUAGUGGGCAAGAUCAUAUACUUAUCCCACUCACGUCCAGACAUUGCCAUUGCCGUAAGCAUAAUGAGCCAGUUUAUGCAUGCUCCUAGAAAUUCCCACUUGGAGGCUGUUAUGAGAAUCUUGAGAUACCUGAAGUCUUCUCCUAGAAAGGGUCUCUAUUUCUCAAAACAUGACCAUCUCAGUGUGGAGGCAUUUACUGAUACAGAUUGGGCUGGCUCAGUCACUGACAGACGAUCAACUUUCGGAUACUGCACAUUUGUGGAUGGCAACUGA